AUGGAUGCAUCUCCUUUUGUUGACCCAGUUACUGCAGUGCCAAAUAAAAGUUGCACGAGACGAGGAAAGCGGCUGCGGCAGCAAUGUGUAGACGAGGCAGUUGUGGCCGGAGUUGCGGCUGGUCCGGCGGCUCUUUUCCGGCUGCCGGCGGGAAAGCUAUCGCAGUGGCUUGCGUGUCCACCAUGCCGCCUUCACGACGUGCGCCCUUUCUGUGGUGGUGAUGCUGUUGGAUCGCACAUGGCGCUGCAGUACGCCGUUGUGCCCAGUUUCUUCGCAUCGCAGUCAACGGCUGCGACUGCGGUGGGGCCGCAGAUGAGUGGUGGCUCACGGGUUCUGCGAGACGCCAUCUGCAAGCCGCCGCUGCGACAUGUGUUGGGACGCGCCCUUGAGGUGACGCGUCAGUCGAUGGGUGCUGUGGACGACAUCUCAAUCGACUCGCUUCUGAUUGUGGCCUUUGCCACAACUCCCCAACCGCGUCGUUUGAGCUGCAACCGCGGCGCCGUCCCUUCUGUUGCCGUGUCGAGUCGUGCGCAACAAAGGCUUGAAGUUGUCGGUCUUUGUGUGUGUCGUGAGCUUGGUGUGGCGUAUCGCAUGCACUCCGGGGCGAUACCAGCUGUGGAGGUGGGUUGCCGGAGGCCAGCGGAGGGCACGCAGCGGUGGGAGCAGAGCGUGACGCAGGUGGGCGACACUUGGUGUGUGGGGUCUUCCUUCUGCGGGGUACAGUUCUUAUGGGUCGCCGAGCGACAUCGUCGCUGCGGCAUCGGCAGAAUGCUCGUUGAUCUAGCGCGCCAAAGUGUUUCCUACGGCUUCGAAAUACCAGUGGAGCAUGUGGCCUUCGCAGAGCCGACAGCGCAGGGAAAACUGUUUUUAAGGGACUACGUAGGGCGCCCCGAUUUUCUCAUAUUCUGA